AGUAUCUCGAUAAGACUUACGCAGGCAGCAAACUUCCCUCCAGCUCCAGAAGGCACUUCUUCUCCAGCCAGAGAGCUAUCCUGUAGCAACUGUCCAUCCUGGAGGCUCUUCCUUUCAACACAGGCCAACUUGCCACAUCCAGCAAGAAGAAUGGAGGAAAGGGGCACCAGUGCAGAGAUGGAGAGCCUGGAUCCAACCAUCACAGCCUGGAGUACAGAAGCCACACCAACCAAUGGAAGUUACCAGCACCUUCCUCCAACUUGUGACAGGAAUAACCUUCUUCCAAAAGUGCUGGCCCUCCUCAUUGCCCUGGUUGGACUGACAGGAAAUGCAUCUGUGCUCUGGCUCCUGGGCUUCCGCAUGCGCAGAAAUGCCUUCUCAGUCUAUAUCCUAAACCUGGCUGCCUCUGACUUCUUCUUUCUCUGUUUCCAUAUCACUGCUUUCCUGGUGGACAUUGUCAAAAUGUUCUUUCACUUCUCUGUCCCUACAUAUGACAUCGCGCGAACUGGGGGAAUCAUUUCCUAUAUCGCAGGCCUGAGCAUCCUUAGUGCUAUUAGCACCGAGCGCUGCCUGUCAGCCCUGUGGCCCAUCUGGUAUCGCUGUCGCCGCCCUAGACACAUGUCAGCAAUUAUGUGUGCCCUGCUCUGGGCCCUGUCCAUGUUUUUUGGCGUCCUGGACAUGGUCUAUUGUUCUACCUUGAUUAUUAAUAGUGGAGUUCAUUGGUGUAUAAAAGUUGAUUUAAUCAUAACUGCAUGGCUGAUUUUUUUAUUUGUGACUUUCUCAGGGUCCAGCCUGGCCCUGCUGUGGAGAAUCCUUUGUGGUUCUAGGCAUAAGACACUGACCAAGCUGUAUGUGACCAUCCUGCUCACAUUGCUGGUCUUUAUCCUCUGUGAACUGCCCUUUGGCAUCUAUUUAUUUCUGUCAGACUGGAUUUCAGUUGAUUUUGAUGCAUACACUUGUCUUUAUCUGGUUUCAAAUGUCUUUUCUUGUGUUAACAGCUGCACCAACCCCAUCAUUUAUUUCUUUGUUGGCUCCUUUAGGCAGCGGCUGCAGCGUCAGAACCUCAAGCUGGUGCUUGAGCGGGCUCUGCAGGACACUCCUGAGGAGGAUGAAUGUGGAGACAGCCUUCCUCAGGGAUCCCUGGAGAUGUCAGGCAGCAGAGUGGAGCAUGGAUGAAGAACCUGUGCUCUGGUCCAUUAGAUGUAUUUUGGGGAGUCAACCCUGCCCCCACCAUUUUAGAGCCUGUGCCUCUAAAAUUACCCAUGGUCUUCAAAUGUAUUUAUUUUAAAAUGGAUUGUCCUUAUCCUAUCUUCCUCUGAAUCUUUUCUUUGUAAUUUUAAUUUCAAUGGAAAGAAUUUUGUUCAAAAUGCUAAACCUCUUAUUUAUGAUUGUUUUCUACCAAAAGUUAUUUAAAAAAUUAAUGAUUCCUUAUUUCUCUCUCAGACUAUGUUCUGAGAAUCAUGUUGCAAUUUCUCUCUCACUAUGUUCUGAGAAUCAUGUUGCAAUUGUUGUACAAAGAAAGUUUGGUUCUGAUGGAGUUCUACUACUUUUAAAUGUUAUUGAAUUCUUUGGGUUUGGGAAAAUAAUGUCCUUACUGCCCUACAUUAAAAAAAGCUCACAAAAAAUGGUAGAAUUUGUCCAUGGCAUGGUGACUAGUUGGCCAUGGGGGGUUUUUUUAGUGGUUUAAAUUAGAGCCUUUCAUCCUGAGAACUGGCAAGCAGUUAUUUACCUCUUGCCCUGACCAGUAUUCCAAUAGUUGAAAUCUUGGUAUUAUGAUUUAGAUAUGAGGUGUCCCCAAAAAGCUCAUGUGUGAGACAAUGCAAGAAGGUUUGGAAACA